AUGGCUUUAGCUGUCGGAAUUAAAGACGGAAAGCAUUCAAUAGAAAAUGAAAUAUCAACAAAAGAUAAAAUAUAUAAAAUUAUUACAAUAAUUCAAGUAACAUUUAGUCUUUUAUCUUUAAUAAUUGUUUGCCUAACGUUACCUGUUAUGUAUAAUAAUGUACAAUUAACUGUUGAAUAUGCUGAAAGAGAAAUGCUUUUUUGUGAAAAAUCAAAUAAAGAAGCUUUUGAUAUAUUAUCUUUUGGAGGUUUCGGUGCUCCAAGUAACAGAACAAAACGUUCAUAUGAAGGUUAUCGUAGUGAUGUAACAGGAACACCUAUUCAAACUGAAUGUCCGGGUUGUUGUAUUCCUGGACCACCAGGCCCAAGAGGACCAGCUGGUGAACCUGGAAAACCAGGAAAUCCAGGCAAAGCAGGAACACCAGGAAUACCAGGCAUAUCACCAAAUCAAACAUGUCCAAUUCAUGCAGCUAGAGAACCACCACCAUGUAGACCAUGUCCUAAAGGACCACCAGGAAUUAAAGGAUGGCCAGGUUUUCCUGGAGAUCCAGGUCCUGUUGGUGCUCAUGGUUUAAAAGGUAAAGAUGGUGAAGAUGGUUUACCAGGUGAGCCAGGUCCACAAGGACCACCAGGAUUUAGAGGUGGACCAGGUGCACCAGGUGAUAAAGGAGAAACACCAGAAGGAGAAGUACGUGAGGGUCCACCAGGAGAUCCAGGUCCAAAUGGACCAAUUGGAGCUCCAGGAGUACCAGGUUUACCAGGAAGAAAUGGUCUUACAGGAUUACAAGGAGAAAGAGGAUGGCCAGGAGUACCAGGUGAACCAGGUGAGCAAGGAUAUCCAGGACCAGAAGGACCACCAGGAAAUCAAGGACCACCAGGAGAACCAGGAACAUGUGUUUGCCAAAAUAUUGAUUCUGUUAUAUUAGUCUCACCAAAUGCAGCUCAACCAAGAAUUCCCCAACAAAUGAAUACACAAUAUGAAAUAGACGGAGACUUUAAAUCACCCUACAAUAGUAGAUCAGAAUACGGAAGAAGUUAUGGCAAAUAG